GCAGCAGGGCAGGGCGUGUUAUAGCGGUUUGCACAGCGGUUCCUUAUUGCCAAGCGGGCGGAGGAGAGGGGAGCGGAGCGGAGCGUGAACCCAGCCUGUCACUUACGUCCGCUGCAAGGACGCAGAGGGGAAGGCAAGGGAAGGGUCUCUCUGCUCAGCUGCGGCGCUGGCAGCAGAAGCAGCGGGGGCAACCCGAACGAAAAGGGAGGAGAGAAAGCGCCGAGCGCCUGUUUCUGCAUAGCCUGCCCGGUCCAUGGAGCCCAGCUGAGGCAACGCCAGGCGAAGAGACCGAGGGACUGAGAGGCUAUUCUGGCAGCCUGUAUCAUCCUGAUUACUGGAUUACUUCUAUAGUCAUCAGCUCCUUUCCCAAGAUACUUCACUACUUCUAUCGUGCAUGUUACAGCUGUCCUUGAAGAUACAAUCUUACGCAUGCUUAGAAAGUCCUUCUGGACAUGCUGGGACAUGCAGAAGGAGAAUCUGACACUGUUAGUAUCUCUGAGUGUUGAAGCUUUCAUGGCAAGAAUGAUUUCUAUUUACUGCCUUUCAGGCGGAAUAGUGUUGAUGUGGAUGAUUUGGGCAGCCUGGAGAUAAAGUGGAUGCCAUUGACAGCUAUGUAAACUGCAAUUCUGCAAAGCCUCAGAAAUCCAGUAAAAUGGAAGAACUGUAUAAGGAUGCACAAAACCUGCCCAUGGAUGUUACCAACUCACCCUCAGCUAUAGCUAACAACAAACUAGAAAAUGGAGUUGCCCAACUGAUAACAGCAGAAGCAUGGAAUAUAAAUUCAUCAGACUUGAUGAAGAAAGCACUUUCGCCACUAGUAACUGUCCCUGCUCCAUCAAUAUUGACUCCACCAGCAGAGUCCCAAAGCGGGGUAGCUCUCAAGGUUGCUGCCACAGUACUGCAGCCAAUUUGUUUAGGGGACAGUCCAGUGGUCCUACCGAUACAUUUGCAAGUAGCAGGGAGCACUGCCCCCCAGAUUACUCCCAACAGUAACACUCCAUACGUCAUGACCACUCAAGGUCCAGUACCACUGCCUGUCCUCCUGGAACAGCAUGUCUUUCAGCAUUUAAAUUCCCCUUUGGUGUUACCUCAGAGCAAUCCCUGUGCUGGCAACCCCAUUCACAGCAACCUCUUCCAAGGCUCUCCUGCCCAGAUUGGGCAGCCACAGCUCUUAGAUCAGAAGCCAUCCAAUCCCGCUCAGGAGUCUGUCUUGCCUCCUUUGUUCCAGACACCAGGAUUUGCUGCAGUUCUACAGGACCUCUUCCCCUCACAAGGCACCUUAGGUUCAUCACCCUACCAGCCGCCCCCAGACUGCUCUUCUGUCCCUCCACAACCCUUCAGUUCCCCUUUGUCUCCUCUGGUCCCCCCAGCCACACUUUUGGUACCAUAUCCAGUGAUUGUUCCUCUCCCAGUCCCAGUGCCAGUCCCCAUCCCCAUCCCCAUCCCAGUGCCCCAUAGCACUGAAUCUAAGGCCAACCUUGACUGCUCUAAACCAGCUGCUUCAUUCAUCUUGCAUUCCUGCAAAGGCACCCAGACUCCCUUGGAGAAAGAAGAAAGCAAACCACUUGAUUUCAUCCACCACCGGGGUCUUUCCCAGCUAAAUCGCCACACUGUCAUCAAGAUGAGUAAUGAGAAUGAAGUCCUUGACCUGUCAAUGAAAACAACCCCUUUGCUUAAGGAAAACGAUGACAGUUCCCAGCUCUCACCUGAAGAUGGUGUUUUGGACUUGUCAGUUACUUCUUGUUGGAAGAGAAGCAGCCCUGAAAACAAAGGUACCACUCAUUCUGGAUCCCUUUUGGAUGGCUCCUCUCAUUCUGCAGUGGAAACGCUUCCUAAUGCAGCUGCUUCACCCUUUGUUCCUUCAAAACCCCACGAGUCCUCAGCAAAGGUGGAAAGCAGAGCCAUCAGUAGCAGCUCAUCUGAACUCCUGAGACAGCAGCCCAAGUGGCUGGUGGAGCAGACUAGUAUAGCACCCUGUGAACCCUCAGCUGGCAAUAACAUUGAAAUUGUGAGUACUUCGCAGACUGCCAAAGUGAUAGUCUCUGUCAAAGAUGCGGUCCCUACUAUUUUCUGUGGCAAGAUUAAAGGCCUCUCGGGGGUUUCCACAAAAAACUUUUCCUUCAAAAGGGACAUGCCCCAGGACUCCGUGCUGCAGUGUUACGAUGUGAAGAACCAGCCAGAAGCCCGGGAUAAUGGAGAAGCUCUUAGGAAACCUAUCAAAAAUAGGAGUGUCAAAUUAAAGAAAAUGAACUCACAGGAAAUACAUAUUCUUCCAAUCAAAAAGCAGCGGCUUGCGGCCUUUUUUCCAAGAAAGUAAUUUAUGAGGUUUUAGAAUGUUUUAACUAUAAUUAUUAUGAAUAAAGAGAUGCACUUCAUUUUAAAUUACAUUUAAAACUUUAAACUAUCCUUAAGUUAUUUGGAGAUGGAGGAUGGUGGGGUGGGGUAGGGAAGACAGCAGGGGAAAACUGGGUAUAUCUUCCCAGUACAACAGCUCCCGCCCUUUUAUUUCGUUCUGACUUUUCAUGAAAAGUGAAUAAAAAGCAACAUAUUUUUCAAGCAGAUUGCACAUUUUGCAGCUUUAAUGGAAUAUAAUGGAUGAGUGAGUCAGAGGGGGAAGAGCUAUUUUCACUGCCAUAAAGUGCUUUGAUGAUGUAAUUCUGAGCAAUGGUGAGUAGAAUGAAACUUUCAGAAUAAAUGUUUGUAUGUGCUAGUUUGGUUGCAGUAUUUUGUACUAUUAUAAUUUGCACUCAUUGUGGCACAAGUCUAAAAAUUGUAACAGUCACCUAUAUUAUUUCUUCAGCUGUUAAAAUAAUCCAAGCUAAUUUAAAUUAUUUUCAGAUCUGCAUCAUAGGUGCUUCUCCCCACACUUAAUAACAAUGCACUUUGAACUGUUUACUAAAACAAAAUGAAUGAUACUAAUACUCAUUAUGAACUCCAACAAGUGUUACCCUUAUAGUAAUUAGUCCUAUGAAAAAGUCUGUUCAGAUUACAUGGAUUAUUUUGAAUGCAAAAAUAGGACUUUGAGAUGUUUUAGUCAUUAUUUUCAUUUUGGAUUUUUGCGAUUUCUUAUGCCAGUGGAAGGGAAGAAUGGUUAAUCAUGUAUUUUUUUUCAACAUAAAUGCUGCCUACUCAAAUGGUGGCAGAUGGAUUUGUGUAUAGGUAAGUGCACUGCUUUUAAACUUACUAUAUUGUGUUGUUUGUAAUGGCUAAAAAACCAGAAGAAAUAGUCCAGUAAUUCAAAGUGUGAUAUUUCUGUAGCCAGGCCCCACUCAUUUAGUAGUCCUCUUGACAUCCUCACAAAUAGCAAGGAUUCAAUCCUUGUGGCUUCUUUUUAAAUGCGAAACAUUUCUCUAAGACCACCCCUUCCUUUUGUUGCUUCAUACAUGUGCAUCUUCCCAAACGCUUAAGUCAGUCUAAAGUUUCUUGUAAAAUGGGUUCCAAUGCUUCAGUCAGAUUUACUGUUGUUUCUUAGCAAUACUGUGUACAAGGUAAAUUUCAGCAUAAAAUCUCUGAAUAGUAA